CCUAAAGAAAAACCUUCUCAACCAUUAGUCAAUUCUCUACUAAAAUUUUCCCUUUCUUUCAUCUUUUUUUGCUUAUCCAGUUUACAGAUAAACAUAAAACUUGAAAUCAAUGAAAGGAAUUAGAUUCAUCAACAAACUAAACUUAUUCAAACAUGGUCUACUUUCUGAGCUCAAUUCUCCGGACACAUUCUUAAAUCAUCACAACUUUCAAAUUCCAUCACUUUACCUACAAGAAAAUCAGCAAAAACAUGAUAAACUCCCCGCAAUGGACGAUAAAUUCGACGUUGAACUCUCACAAUUUGAAGAAAAAUGUCCUCCAGGAGGACUCGAAUCUGUGACUCUGUAUACAACAAGUUUACGGAGCAUACGAAAAACGUUCGAGGAAUGUCAAACAAUACUCUUCUUGCUGCAAAGUUUCAAGGUAAGUUUCUACGAGAGAGACGUUUCGAUGCACCUAGAAUACAGGGAAGAACUAUGGAGGACUCUCGGCGGAAGAGUAAUUCCGCCAUGUCUUUUUAUCAAAGGAAGAUACAUAGGCGGAGCUGACGAAGUCGUAACCCUGCACGAGCAAGGGAAGCUAAAGAAACUGCUUGAAGGGAUACCAUUAGUCCUGUCGAGCAGUCCUUGUGGCGGCUGCGGAAAUAAACGAUUUGUCGUUUGCUUUCAUUGCGGUGGUAGUCGGAAAGUUUUUGUCGACAGGGAAAGUUGUGAUGAAAUGUUUAUCAGAUGUCAGGAGUGUAAUGAGAAUGGAUUGGUUAAAUGUAGCAUCUGCAUCUGAAUUUUAAGGUCAGAAAAUGGUCUUAGUUUAUAACUUGUAUAUCAAAUUGUAAAUAACUCUAGCUUUCUGUUACUAUCUUGUUAUAUAUUCUGCACGAAAACUUAUUCGGUUCUGCGUUUUGACAUUGCA